AUGACCUACUGCGACAUCAGGUACUUCACCUACUGCGACAUCAGGUACUUCACCUACUGCGACAUCAGGUACUUCACCUACUGCGACAUCAGGUACUUCACCUACUGCGACAUCAGGGACAUGACCUACUGCGACAUCAGGUACUUCACCUACUGCGACAUCAGGGACAUGACCUACUGCGACAUCAGGUACUUCACCUACUGCGACAUCAGGUACAUGACCUACUGCGACAUCAGGUUCUUCACCUACUGCGACAUCAGGUACUUCACCUACUGCGACAUCAGGUACUUCACCUACUGCGACAUCAGGUACUUCACCUACUGCGACAUCAGGUACUUCACCUACUGCGACAUCAGGUACUUCACCUACUGCGACAUCAGGGACAUGACCUACUGCGACAUCAGGGACAUGACCUACUGCGUCAUCAGGUACAUCACCUACUGCGACAUCAGGUACUUCACCUACUGCGACAUCAGGUACAUGACCUAUUGCGACAUCAGGUACAUGACCUACUGCGACAUCAGGUACUUCACCUACUGCGACAUCAGGUACUUCACCUACUGCGACAUCAGGGACAUGCCCUACUGCGACAUCAGGUACUUCACCUACUGCGACAUCAGGUACUUCACCUACUGCGACAUCAGGGACAUGACCUACUGCGACAUCAGGUACUUCACCUACUGCGACAUCAGGGACAUGACCUACUGCGACAUCAGGGACAUGACCUACUGCGACAUCAGGUACUUCACCUACUGCGACAUCAGGUACUUCACCUACUGCGACAUCAGGUACUUCACCUACUGCGACAUCAGGUACUUCACCUACUGCGACAUCAGGGACAUGACCUACUGCAACAUCAGGUACAUGACCUACUGCGACAUCAGGUACAUGACCUACUGCGACAUCAGGUACUUCACCUACUGCGACAUCAGGUACUUCACCUACUGCGACAUCAGGUACUUCACCUACUGCGACAUCAGGUACUUCACCUACUGCGACAUCAGGUACUUCACCUACUGCGACAUCAGGUACUUCACCUACUGCGACAUCAGGUACAUGACCUACUGCGACAUCAGGUUCUUCACCUACUGCGACAUCAGGUACUUCACCUACUGCGACAUCAGGUACUUCACCUACUGCGACAUCAGGUACUUCACCUACUGCGACAUCAGGUACUUCACCUACUGCGACAUCAGGGACAUCACCUACUGCGACAUCAGGGACAUCACCUACUGCGACAUCAGGGACAUGACCUACUGCGACAUCAGGGACAUGACCUACUGCGUCAUCAGGUACAUCACCUACUGCGACAUCAGGGACAUCACCUACUGCGACAUCAGGGACAUGACCUAG